AUGAAGAGUUGCUUAGAUUUACAAAAUUAUCUAAGUGACGGAGAAUUAUAUGAUAUAGUUGCUUCUGAAUUGUAUGAAGAGUUACUAGUUUUUCGUCAUACAAUGAAAGAAGAUUCUACGCCAAUAGAAGCACUCAGUUUUUUAAAAACAAUGCCUGGUGCUUUUACAGCUUUUCCUAACAUAGUAAUUUCACUCCGAAUUUUGUUAACCAUACCAAUCACCUCAGCGUCAGCAGAAAGGAGUUUCUCAAAGCUCAAAAUUAUCAAAAAUUACCUAAGAAACACAAUGUCUCAAAAACGAGUGACUGAAUUGGCUACUAUUGCAAUUGAAAAUGAAACAGCAAAUACAUUGAAUUUUAAGGACGUCAUAGAGUUGUUUGCGUCCAAAAAAUCAAGAAAAAAAUUUUAA